UCGUUUUUUGUAUAAUUAGCAUACUGGCUGUGUCAUUCAUUGGCUGACUGUAUAAUGCAUUCUUUCGCCUAUUUUCAGCGGUGGUGAGUUUUUUAGAGCUGGUGUUGUCUCUCAUUUUCCUGUCAUUUGAAACGUUAAUAUCACUGUAUUGUAAUGGCAUCAGGAAUAGCUGUGAGUUCGUGGCUUACCAAUAUUGCUAGUAGUAGUAAGGAGUUGCAAAAGUAUUUGUACAUCAAAGCUAAAAUAAAUGAGGCAGGCACGAUGAUAGAAUAUGUAAGUGCAGAAAAAUAUAAGAAGGAACCGGGGGAUGAAGAUGAUAAAACUCUUACAUUUGUGCCAGAAAAUGAGCAGCCAAGAGAAUCUGUUGAACGAUUGAGAAAUACCCUGUUCAGAGAUGAUCAUUGCUUCUACUUGAUUUACAACCUGUAUUAUGGUCCUAACAAUUUAUCAGCAAAAUUUGUCAUUGUGCGAUGGAGUUCUGAUGAUCAUGCAAAACUAACUGAUAAGAUGUGUUAUUCAAGCUCAUCUGAUAAUCUGCGUGCAAAAACAAACCCUACCUGGCCUACUGUACAGUGCUGUUCACUUGAUGAGUUCGCUUAUGAUGACCUGUUGAGGAAAGCAGGCAUUAAAACAAUCUAAAUACUAUGGAAACCAAAAAAUGUUUGUAACCAUAUGAAGUUUUGCAAGACAAUCUAGGGACAAACUGUUCUUGUGCUCAUCCAUGGACAAGGAAUCUACAUUGCACGCAAGACGUUUUCCAACAUACUCAACAAGAUUGCUUAGAUAACUAUAUUGAUUAAUUUUUGUAUCUUUAAAUUUAAUUCAUUUGAUCCUCCUAAAACACAGGCACUCUAAAACAAUGAAAUCCAGUCCUUGCUUGCAUCAAUUUGCUUACAAAACCAAUAAUGAUACUUUAAAAUAAAUUCAAGUGUUGGUAUAAAAGAAAAUAAUGAGGCUCCAAAAUUUACAUAAGCAUGUUCUCAUGCUGUAUAUAUAUUAGCUUAAAUCUUCCUUAAUUGUAGGAUGCAACCAUACGGUUACCAUAUUAAAAAUAAAUACCAAAUUAUUAGAUUGAUGUUUCUCACAGUUCUGUAUGUCAUGGAAAAGUCUAGUACACAACAAAAUUUGAGUUAUAUAUAUUUAGUUUCAAAACUUUUUAAAAUCUGAAUCUAUUAAAAAACCAUGAUCAAGAAUCUAGUUACUAACAUAGUCUUCCCAGAGUUUUGUUCAAUUUAUAUUUAUGAUUCUUGGAUACAGUAUUUGUUUAGAGCAUUUUGGACAAUUUAUAAUCAUGGAUUUGCUUCCCUUCUUGAUAAUUUUAACGAUGUGAAGACAUCUCCCUUAUUAAAAUGGAUCAGAAUAAGUAACAAGUAGUAGUCAAUAUGAACAUGUUAUUCAUGUAACAGAUUUAUUCCCCGUUAUUUUGGUGUCUUAAGCCUGUCACUUUGUAUUAUUAAAAUAAAAACAGCCUAAUAAUUAUA